AUGCCCGGACAAGUGGUGACAGUGAAACUUGUCCGCGAGGACAGCUCCACACCGUGGGGAUUUCGACUGGAGGGUGGCACUGACGUGGGUCACCCACUCAACAUCCAACGCGUCGCUCCGGGUGGCGUGGCGGAACGCUGCGGUCUGUGCUCCGGUGAUUUGGUCUUGCGCAUCAACCGUUCCGACACUCGUCGCCUGACACACGAACAGGCUAAAAUGGAGAUUAUCCGGUCGAGUAACGAUUUUGAGAUCACGGUCGAACGUGGAGGUUAUGUGCCGCCACUCUCAAUGACGACCACAUCGACUAUCAUCCAGCCCAUGUCGGCACGCGUGGAGGAGUCGGUGGUACGGGGUGUCAUGGACAACGGCCAGGCGAGUUUGAAGGGCACCUUCGUGGCACCCUACACUCCACCAAUCGGAGCCUCGUACAACGUGAACCCCGUGCCUUUUGGGCAGGCUCCGUCACCGGGCCAGUCUGUGAUCACGCGAAACAACGAGGGACGGACUCAUCGCAUCCUCCACUCGGAGUACAACUCCCCGAUGGGACUCUACUCCCAACGCCACGCGUCCGCGUCCUUUGAGCACGCUCUGUCGGCAGCCGGUGCUUCGGCGCCGGCAAGCCAUGUCCCUUCGCUGAAGUGUGGUGUGUGCGGUGGUCCGAUUGCCGGGGUGAUGAUCAAGGUACACGGCUCUAUCCCAGUGCACCCAGACUGCCUGAAGUGCUCCCAAUGUGGAAUUAACCUCCGCAGUGUCGGCUACUUCUACAUCAACAACUCCCUGUACUGCGAACUCCACGCUAGGAAGGCGGCCCCACCGCCUGGACAGGGCUUGAAGGCUGGCGUGAUGUACAAGUGA